AUGGAAGGCAACGGUGCGACGCAAGAUGGGCUGAGAGAGUCCAACCCUAUUCUCACUUCCAUCUCAAACUGGAUUCUUGCCAAAAGCGAUGAGAUCGAAUACGCCCGCUCAACCAACGGCGGAUGGGAAGGCUGGUCGCAAGUCGAGCUGGCAUGGGUCCUAACUCGUGACCAUACCUACAAGUACGACCAGGGCUCCAAUAUACUCAUCAGCCGAGAGUCCCACCUGUUCGAAGAGGACUCGCUCAAAGCCGAUCUUGAAAUCUCCGGGCCAGGCGGUGUGGUGUUUGAGCUGAAAUGCGAGAGAGGUCCUCGAAUGGUGAAUGAUACCCAGAACCCGGGUCAACAGAAGGAGGACAAGACGACCAAGAAAAGUUCAGCUGGACAGCUUGUUACCGGACUCCAAGAGGACCAGGAAAAGGUAGCUGGACUCAAAGUUUCUGCAGGUAUCACAGCUGUAUUUGUGAUCGGAAUUUCAGUCACACCCGAGGCUCAUGAAAGAAUGUUGAAAGAAGCGAAGGGGUUUACCAUGCAUAGUUAUGCCAUCACGGAGAACGAGAGCCCAAUUUGUUUAUGGUGGUGGCAAAAGCCCAUGCCCGUGAAGAAGUCUGAGCUUGAAGAGGAAGAUUAA